GAUGCUUUGAAAACAUCGAUGUUUGCCCACCUCUGAACUGCUGUGUCAUUUUUGUUUCUGUGCAAAGUAAGUCGGCUUUUUUAUUUUACACAUCAAAUUACUGCUGUUGAAGCCCAGGAAAUAUGGCUACCGAGCGCUACAGCUUUUCGUUGACCACGUUCAGUCCUUCCGAACUCGUCCAACUGGAGUAUGCAUUGGCAGCCGUAUCCGGCGGAGCUCCCUCCGUGGGCAUCAUGGCUUCCAACGGCGUCGUCAUUGCCACAGAGAACAAACACAAGUCGCCACUCUAUGAGGAGCACAGCGUGCAUCGCGUGGAGAUGAUCUACAAGCACAUCGGCAUGGUUUACUCGGGAAUGGGUCCGGACUACCGCCUGCUGGUCAAGCAGGCCCGAAAGAUUGCCCAGACCUACUACCUGACCUACAAGGAGCCGAUUCCUGUGUCGCAGCUGGUGCAGCGUGUGGCCACCCUCAUGCAGGAGUACACGCAGUCUGGUGGUGUUCGUCCUUUCGGAGUUUCCCUACUGAUCUGCGGCUGGGACAAUGGUCGCCCAUAUCUCUACCAAUCCGAUCCUUCGGGUGCUUACUUCGCCUGGAAGGCCACUGCCAUGGGCAAGAACGCAGUCAACGGCAAAACCUUCCUGGAGAAGCGCUACAGCGAAGAUCUAGAGCUGGACGAUGCUGUCCACACCGCUAUCCUGACUCUGAAAGAAGGCUUCGAGGGAAAAAUGACUGCCGACAACAUUGAGAUUGGAAUCUGCGAUCAGAACGGAUUCCAGCGUCUGGACCCCGCCUCAAUCAAGGACUACCUGGCCAGCAUCCCUUAAACGUUAAACGCCCCGCUAAGAUUAACCCAAGCUAAGCUUUUUGAUAAGUACGGGACAUUAAAACAAAUAAAAUUUACAUUUUGGUGUUA